AUGGAAGCUAUCACCGCCCAUACAACUUUUUCACCGCUAAGCAAGACUAUCCCCUCGGUCUCAGACCUAUCAGAGGAGCAGUUAGGAAGAAUGGGACAGCUGAUAGAGGAGACAGGAAUAGAAGAGAAGGAGCUAGCAGAGGUGGUCUCCAGGGUUCAGGGAAACCUGGCCACGGCUAUGGUUGCAGAGGCUGCAAGGUCAACGGUGAAUGGAGAGGCUAGUGAGGUUGAAUUGGCAAUUGAGAGGUUGAGGACGACGAUGAAGGAUGGGAAGACGGUGAUGAAGAUUGUAAAGAUUCUGAGACCCGCGCAAACCGUGAGGUUCUUGGCUGCAUUUGCACAAUUUCAGCUACGCAUACGGAUUUGGGGCAUUCAUGCAGACAAAGAUGGAGCGACAUAG